GUGUUCCCGUCAGAAUCUGCGACCCAUCAGUUUAGGUCCGCCAGGCUCAAAGAUGGCUUCACGAUGUCCGCCCACGUGACGUCACGAAGCGUGGAAAGCAUGGAGGUGAGCGCGGAGCUGACGGGCAGAGAUGGCGGGCUGCGCCCGUUCCGGGUGAGCUGUGAGCGGACUCUGCGGGGGCUUCUGGGCGGACUGGAGCGGCUACAGGGGGAGGUGACCGCCGAGCUGAGCCGACUGGUGGAGCAGGAGAAGGGUGGAGCCUCCGACACAGGUGUAGAAGAGGCGGAGGAGGAGGAAGAAGAGGAGGAUGAUGAUGAUGAUGAUGAAGAGGACAGGAAAAACAACGGGAUUCACCUCAGUGCUCCUCCUACAAAACGGAAAAAGACUUAGCGACUCCGGAAUCUCAUCCACAAGGGAUUAUGGGUAAUGGGACUUCCUGUGCAGCACCCCGGACAUCGAUCAUUGAUCGGCCAGGACUGAUACCGAAACAUGAGCUGCCUCCGCCUCCCUCUCUCACCCCCCCCCCUUCUCUCUCUCUCUCACCCCCCACUUUCUCUCACUCACUGGAUCCCAGGCCAGCGACUUGUUGGAUAUUGAAGCCCUGGCCGAGGAUGACCCCCCCCCCCUCUCUCACCCCCCCCCCCCCU